AUGGCCCUGAGAACAACAGGAAGUGUGUGGGUGGUCUUUCUCUGGUCUCGGACAGUGGUACUGGGUCAGGGUGACUGGGAUGUGACCUACUCCACUCAGAGUAUCUGUGUCUUGAAGUGGUCAGCAGUGGAGCUGAGCUGCACCUACAAGUAUCCAAGUGGUCAUAAAGUCUCAUCAACCUUCUGGUUCACAAAGAAAUAUGUUGUUUGGAAUCCUGCAAAUCUGUUGGUUGACCCAGACUACAGAGGUCGUGUGACGUACCGUAAUGAUGAGAAGAACAGCCACACCCUGAUAAUCACAGACCUGAGAGAGAGUGACUCAGCUGAGUACAUGUUCAGAUUCAUAACAGAUCAGUCUGGAUGGGUAUUUACUGGAAAUCCUGGAAUCACUCUGUCUGUCGCAGGUCUUCAGGUGGAGGUGAGUCCUACAGAGUGGUCAUACAGAAAGAUACUGACCUGUAGAACCACCUGUCCUCUGACUGGUAACCCCACCUACAUCUGGUAUAAGAACGGACAACAGAUAGAUGAGAGCUCCUCCCCCCAGUACAAAGACUCAGUCUACAGUAACCAUAGAGACAGUUACUCCUGUUCUGUUAAAGGUCAUGAGGAUCUCCACUCUCCUACAGUGUGUGUUCUGGGUCAGAUCUGCAACAGAGUGACUUACACCAAGAGGAGAAUCUGUGUCUUGAAGGGGUCAUCAGUGGACAUAUCCUGUACUUAUGUUGGUCGUAAUACGGUCACAUCAUCACUGUGGUUUAGUCCUAAACAGAGUGGUAGGUGGAGGGAUAAGUUGAUCCCUGAGGACCUAACCACAGACCCAGGGUAUGCAGGUCGGGUGGAAUAUUCUAACCAAGAGAGUAGUAGAUACAGAGGUACCUCCACCCUGAGAAUCACAGAUCUGAGAGAGGAGGACUCAGCUGAGUAUCGCUUCAUUUUUAAAACAUACAACAUUGAAUGGGCUCAUAGUUUCCCUGGAACAACUCUUACUGUCACAGAUGUUGUGUUGGAGAUGGAGCCUACAUCUGUGUCAGAGGGGAACAGGGUCACUCUGACAUGUACAACUAAUUGUAGUCUGGACCCCAACCCAGAAUACAGUUGGUAUAAGAAUGGACAGCCUAUAGAAAACACCAACACCAACUCUACUGUCCAUAUCCUCUCAGUCAGCAGUGAAGAUGCAGGCAGAUACUCCUGUGGUGUCAAAGGUCAUGAGACUCUCCUGUCUCCUGAAAAGACUCUCGAUGUCACAUAUUCUCCAAAGAACCCCUCAGUGUCAGUCAGUCCAUCUGGUGAAAUAGUGGAGGGCAGUUCAGUGUCUCUGACCUGCAGCAGUGAUGUCAACCCACCUGUGUACAAAUACUCCUGGUAUAAGAAGACUGUAACCUCACCAAAAGCAUCAAGACAGACUUACAGCAUCACUAACAUCACAUCUGAGGACAGUGGAGAAUAUUACUGUGAUGCUGAGAAUAAAUAUGGACGUCUCAACUCUUCCUCAGUGUCUGUGGACGUUCAUUAUGGCCCAAAAAUCCCCUCAGUGUCAGUCAGACUCACAGUGGUUGUUCUGGUUCUCAUCCUCUGUCUCUCUGGACUCAUCUGGUUCAGGAAGAAGUCCUCCCAAUCAACAUGUGAUGAAGGAAACUUCAGAGACACACAAAGCCAUGGACAGACAGACUCCAGUCCUGUGUAUGACAAUGUAUCAGACAUGGUCAUGACCUCUACUGCAGCACAGACAGCAGACACAGACAACCAGGAUGACCUUCACUAUGCCAGCGUCCACUACUCUUCCACCGUCCAACUGUCUCAACCUCAGGAAGAGGAAGUCCAGUAUGCUGCUGUGAAAUUCAUUUGUCCCAGUGCUGCCACCCGACCGGAAACACGUGGAGUUGAGGAGGAACCCACUGUGUUGUACAGCACAGUCAACAAGACCAGAACCAAGAGGACCUGAACACAACAAGACCAGAACCAAGAUGCUCUGAACACAACAGGAUAUGAACACAACAAGACCUGACCACAACAAGACCUGAACACAACAAGACCUGACCACAA